UGCCUAGAUAAACACAUGUACUUUGCACGCCUUGAUAAAAACAGAUACAGAAACAGAUAAUAUUUGUGUCUCCUCCUCAUUCUCUUCCCUCUCGCCACAUCUGUCUCCGCGGCGCUGGUUUUGCGACCAUUUCCCAACAGGCGGCCGAGUCCCACUCCCACCCACCCCAUUCCUUCCCUUAAUCCCCCUAAUUACCAUACCCCAACAGGACCAUUUGUCCCCGGAAUUCCCUAUACACGUCCCAAUCCUUCAAUUCAUCCGCCUAGAUCCCAAAUCCCCUCUCUUUUCCCGCCAGUUCACCAUGCCCCGAUGAAUCAUUAUGCCUCGUCAACACCAAAUACUGCUUCGAAUCGCCCGAAUUUCAACAAACCACCGAAAAGCACGGACCAUGAUGCCCGGUCUAGACCAAAUGCCGCUCCGAAUCACCCGAAUUCCAACAAGCCUCCAAAAAGCACGAACCAUGAUGCCACGUCUAGACCAAAUACCCCUCCGAAUCGCCCGAAUUCCAACAAGCCUCCGAAAAGUGGGGACCAUGACAUCCCAUUGAGACCAAAUACCCCUCCGAAUCGUCCGAACUCCAACAAGCCUCCGAAAAGUGGGGACCAUGACAUCCCAUCGAAACACGACGCCACACCUCCGACUCCGAGUCCCAAUAACCCAGCUCCAAAUUCUAACCCUGCUCCGAAUCACAGCAACCCACCUCCAAAUUCUAACCCCUCUGCGGGUAUGCCUCCGAGUGGUGAUAACCUAGCUCCACCAAAUCGCUAUGCCCCUCCGACUCCGAGUCCAUACGUGUGCACAAAUCCCAUUGUCCAAUCGGCCCAUACAAUCAUCAGGAAGUCCGCCACCCAUUACAUGAAGGGCAGCCCACAGCAGGGCGCCCUCGUACUCCAAAUCACCGUCGGGAGUGGGGGUGGGAUUCUUCGGGGCCUCCUGGAUAUCACCAGCGAGCUGGUAUGGGUGCAGUGUGGCCACUGCCGCACGUGCUUGAGGCUCACUCCUCGAGGGACACACACCUUCCUGCCCGAUGUCUCCCCCUCCUUCGCGAGGGUUGGCUGCGGUAGUAAGCUCUGUGAGCGUCUGGUCAACGGCCACCAGCCCAAUUGCGAUGCCAGAGCCAAGUCCGCCUGCAUGUAUCAGGAGCUAUUCUUCGGCGGCGACCAGUACACCUCUGGCUUCCUCGCCACGGAGAGCUUCACUUUCGGGGCCACGACCACCGCCGGUGUUGUGUUCGGCUGCAGCGCCAACAUCACGGUGCUUGGCCUCGCCGCCGGAGCAUCUGGUUUCCUCGGCUUCAACAGGGGCCCAUUUUCCCUCACAUCGCAGCUCAACAUCUCCGGUUUUUCCUACUUCAUUUCCCAUAAGGACAGCAGCAAGAGCUUCUUCAGUUUUUGGGCCGAUCCCGCCUGCGCCGUGUCCGUGCACCAGCAGCCGGGAAAGCACACCCGCUACACUCCACUGCUCCAGCCCACAGCCAACCAGAACCCUUACCUAUACUACGUCAACCUCAUCGGCGUGAAGGUAGAUGGCCAGCUCCUGACGGCCAUCCCAGCGGGAACCUUCGACGUCCGGGUGAAGGACGGCUCAGGCGGGGUGUACCUGAGCACCACUGUGCCAGUCACCUAUCUAGAGGAGGCGGCGUACAACGUCCUGCGGCAGGAGCUCGUAACAAGGAUACAGUCGCAGGGCGUGGCUCCGGUGAGCGUCGACGAUGACCCCCUGUGCUACAUGACGAGGUCCUACAAGAACAUCAAGGUUCCAAGGCUCGCGCUUGUGUUCGACGGCGCGGACGCGACCAUGAAUCUCUACACCAACAACUACUUCCUCCCCGUCGAUGGCCGGCAGACGUGCUUCACCAUAUUGCCCUCCAAUGGCGGGUCCGUGCUAGGGAGCCUGCUGCAGGCGGGCAGGACGAUCACCUACAACGACAUCAAUGGCGACGGCGGCUCGCUGUCAUUCGACUAGGCGUAGACUUCUGCUCAUCACAGUUUAUAGUACUAGAUACGCCACUCGUCUAGUGUGAUGCAUGUCUGCUCCAAUUCUAGUCUAGUAUACAAAAGGACUUCUUCUAGUAUGUGGUUUCCCCUUAUUUGCCUAAAAUUAACCGUGUGUAUUUUGGACUAUUGAAUGUGAUCUGUUGCUCA